GACCAGACCGCUGCACCACUCAGGGAGAGAGAUUGGAUUAAGAUUAAGGAAAAGGAUUUAGGAAGGUAAGGCCAAAUUAAAACAUCUUUUCUGCCCAGGCCGGACGCCCCCAGCGGAGGUGGCCCCGUCCGGCUGGCUGGUCGUCGGCCAGGACCAAGACAAGUACGGCGGCGGCUUCCAGGCAGACCAGAGCUUCCGCGGCCAGGUGGCCCGAGUGCGCCUGUGGGGCCGAGUCCUCGGCGCCGGCGAGGUGGCGCAGGUGGCCGAGUGCGGCGGCGACGCGGGCGACGGGCUCCUCCCGUGGCUGACGGAGGCGUGGACGCUCAACCACACGGCAAGAGUGAUCGAAAUCUCCAGGGAAGAGAUCUGCGGGAAAAAAGGCCCGUACCGCACUGUCCUGUCUCCAGCCCUGCCCUUGGCAGCCGCGGGACGGCUCUGCACAGCUAUCAGCGCGGAGGUCGCUACGCCUCGCAACCAAGAGGACAACGCCCGCAUCGGGGCCCUCGUGCGGGACACAGACCCCUCCUGCCACGGCGGCCCCAACCAGCCUCUCCUCUGGCUCGGGAUUUCCGACGAGGCGCAGGAGGGCCGGUGGACAGACGCCGCGGGAUCGGCGCUGGCCUUCAGCGGCUGGGCUGUCGGGCAGCCCAACGGGGGCGGCCUCGAGAACGUCGCCGCGAUGACGGGCUCCGGGGCGUGGGUGGACGUGGUCGCCCACCAGUACAGCUACUGCGCGGUGUGCGAGGCGCCGGAGCCCCUGGUGCUCAGGGCCCUGGGACUGUGCACUCGCCUGCCCCACGACACGUACUACGUGCUGUCAGGGCACGUCGCCUCCAAGCCUUACUUCCGGGGCUACACGACCACUAACAUCUCGUGGGCGCGCGGCAGGUGGCUGGCGGUUCAUCCCUCCAGAAGCGAGAUCCUCCUGAGCCACACGCCCACACGCCCCUACGAGUAUCCCUUCGGGCGGCGGCGGUGGGCGGUCGAGGGGGCCGAAGGGUGUGGGCGGCCGGAGGAUGGGUCUCUCACCCUCACCCUCACCACCUGCUCUCAGGGGAACUUCACCUGUGACGAUGGGUCCUGCGUGCCCAUGGCGAGGAGGUGCGAUUUCCAGGCGGACUGCCCCGACGAGAGCGACGAGAGCAAAUGCGAGAUCGUGGGCGUCCCAGCUGGCUACAAACCCAGCGUCCCUCCGAGGUGGUCGAACGUAGACGCCGCCUACCCCGUUAGUCUCCACGUGUCUGUCCUCGCCCUCGAGAUCCUGACGGAGAAGAUGGAGAUCGUGAUGGACUUCGAGGUGACGCUGCAGUGGCUGGACCGCCGCCUCGUCCUCAGGGAUCUGAAGGAGGACAUCGUGCUGAAUUCCCUUCGGCUGAGCGUUCUCAAGCAACUGUGGAUCCCCGAAGUCUCCUUCGGCAACGCUAAGGGAAACGCCCACACGCUGCUGGACGAAGAGACGCACGGCAGCAUCCUUCGCUCGGGGACGCCUGACCCCGGUGACCUGAGCUACAGCAGAGAAGUAUACUUCUUCGCGGGAGGAGAAAACCCUAUUCGGUUAACGAGGAAGUAUACAGCCACUUACCACUGCAGCCUGAACCUUGCUCUCUACCCCUUCGAUAGCCAGACCUGUUCCUUUACCUUCGUGUUGACAUCAGCCAGAAAGGAAGCACUGGCACUCGUAGGAGCCGAGCAGGACCUCGGAGUACGCUACGAGGGGGAUUGGCAGCUGAUGGAGUACACUAUAGAGAGCCUGUCUUUGAUGGACAAGAACCACUCGAGGUACAGCCGGAAGGAGGUGGUGGUUCACUUCCGAAGGCGCUACGGGUUCGCCAUCCUCACGGUCUACAUCCCGUCCACCUUCUUCGUCUGCAUCGCCUACCUCACGACCUUCUUUCCCGUCUCGAAUAUUCAGGUUCGGGUCAUCAUCGCGCUGACGGCCAUGCUGGUGCUGACGACCCUGCUGAACCAGGUGUCAGCGCAGCUCCCGAGGAAUUCCUACUUCAAAGCCCUCGAUAUAUGGAUGUUCGGCGCCAUAGGACUCAUCUUCUCCAUCCUCAUCAUGCAGACCAUGGUGGAUGUUAUUCACAGGAAUGAAGAAAAGACAACGAUUACACAGGUGACGCCAAUGCAAGAAAAGUCUCCUACGUACCCCAGGUCAGAUGGACUCCAGAGGGCGAAUAAGAUUAUGAAGAAGAUGCAAGUCGCGUUCCCUCUGCUUUGGGCAUUUCUUGUGCUCUGCUAUGCAAUCUAUCUCUUCUCUUCUGUGCAAUAACGGCAUACGAGAAUCGUCGGUGAAACGGGUCUUUGAAUUUAUUGGCAUUUUCUAGGGUGGAUGCAUGUGCUUUCGCAAUUCGAGCCCAUGGCAAGAAUUCUAUUUCCAGUGCUCUUGUUGCUUUAUGACAUUAUUGAAAAUGUGACAAUGACAGGGACGGGAUGACAUGUUGUAUGUAGGAUUGACAGUGCCUUGAACGAAUAAAUAUUAAUGAUAUUA